CGUCCUUCUUCCUCAGGACAUCCGGGGACUGAGGCCUUCGAAGUCGUCGUUGACGCCGCCGCCGCCGCCAUGGGCAAGUCGGAUUUUCUGACGCCCAAGGCCAUCGCCAACCGCAUCAAGUCCAAGGGGCUCCAGAAGCUGCGCUGGUAUUGCCAGAUGUGCCAGAAACAGUGUCGGGAUGAGAAUGGCUUUAAAUGUCAUUGUAUGUCUGAGUCUCAUCAGAGGCAACUACUUUUGGCUUCAGAAGAUCCUCAGCAGUUUAUGGACUAUUUUUCAGAGGAGUUCCGAAACGACUUUUUAGAACUUCUCAGAAGACGAUUUGGCACUAAGCGAGUCCACAACAACAUUGUAUAUAAUGAAUAUAUCAGUCAUCGAGAGCACAUCCAUAUGAAUGCUACCCAGUGGGAAACUUUGACGGAUUUUACCAAGUGGUUAGGCAGAGAAGGUUUAUGCAAAGUGGAUGAGACUCCCAAAGGGUGGUAUAUCCAGUACAUUGACAGAGACCCUGAGACUAUCCGCCGACAGCAGGAACAAGAGAAGAAGAAGAAGCAGGACCUCGACGAUGAAGAAAAGACCGCCAAGUUCAUUGAAGAGCAAGUGAGAAGAGGCUUAGAAGGAAAAGAGCAGGAAGUCCCUGUUUUUACAGAAUUAAAUAGAGAUAAUGAAGAAGAGAAAGUUGCAUUUAAUUUGAAUAAAGGAGCAAGCACCUCAUCAUCAUCAACAACUCCCAAACCCAGUUCCCUGGGGCCCAGUGCAUUGAAGAUGGUCAAGGGUGCAGCAUCAGCAAAACGGAAAGAUUCUUCCCAUAGCUCAGCUCAGUCAAAAGAGAAAAAGAAGAAAUCUGCACUUGACGAGAUUAUGGAGUUUGAGGAAGAAAAGAAAAAAAGUUCUCGAACAGAUUAUUGGCUGCAGCCUGAGAUAGUUGUAAAAAUUAUGACCAAAAGACUUGGAGAGAAAUAUCACAAGAAAAAAGCAGUAAUCAAGGAAGUAAUCGACAAAUACACAGCAGUCGUAAAGAUGAUUGAUUCUGGAGACAAACUAAAACUUGACCAGACUCAUCUAGAGACAGUAAUACCGGCACCAGGAAAAAAAGUUUUGGUUCUGAAUGGGGGCUACAGAGGCAAUGAAGGAACUUUAGAUUCUAUCAAUGAAAAGACUUUCUCAGCCACUAUAAUCAUUGAAACAGGUCCUUUAAAGGGACGCAGAGUUGAAGGUAUUCAAUAUGAAGACAUUUCAAAAAUGGCCUGAGGAGGGGAGUCAGUUGGUAAAGACACAUAUUAAAACUCCUAAACAUCAAAUUGGUGUUCUGUGAACCAGUGUGACUCUACUGUGUUAGGGUUUAAAUUUUGUAAUUGCUGAGACCAGUGAGCCUUUCAUGGGUGUUUGGUACUCUCCCCACCUCUCUCACUAGGCUCCCUCUGUUACCCCUUCUCUCCUUUCCCCAUCCCUCCCUAACUUUCUUUGACCAUGGGGUCAUGGCCUCUCUUUUUCCUGUUAGCCUUGGCUUCUGUCCCAAUUGCCUUUAGAUAGCCUGGGCUUUUUCCAGGCAGCCAGAGGAUGACCCAGGUGUUUAUAUGUCUUUCUGUCUCUCUCUCUCUCUCUCUUCCUCCUUCCCCCUCCUCUUUCCUGUAACCCGAGAGUCUACCCCGACACCUACGCAACUUCAAAACCUGUAUUUUUAUUAUGCACACCUCAAGAGUAUCAUGUAUAAAGUGCAAACACAUAAAUUUAUUUAAAUGCCCUUGUAAAUUUAUCUGAAAAUGUUCAAAUUUUUUUGUCUGUGUAGCAUUUUUAUCAUUAAUUAUUUCCUUAUUUGUAAUAUUUUGUGUAUCUUUGCUGUUGGGCAUUUUUACUUUUAUUAAAAAGUAAAGGAUUUUAUACAAAGCAAGAAA